CAACUGGUAAACAACCGGGGAGGUUUUCCGUUUUUAGACGUUUUACGGCGUUUUGAAUUUUGAAAGUAAAAAUGAAAAUUUUGUGAUUGAAACUGCUUCUCAGAGAGUCAUGUCAUCAGAGGUCAAGCCUGUAGAAAGUAACGGUGUUCAGCCUGAAAAGAAAGCGCUGAAACGAAAGGCCGAAGACGAUCUUUACGACAUAGAUCCGCUUUCUGAAGACGACGAGCCGGUUCAAAGAGACAGGAAGGAUAGAGUUGUCACCCAUCGACUCUGUCCAUACCUUGACACCAUCAACCGUCAAGUUUUGGAUUUUGAUUUUGAGAAACUCUGCUCUGUUUCUCUGUCGAGGAUAAACGUAUAUGCCUGCCUUGUGUGUGGAAAAUAUUUCCAAGGCCGAGGAACUAAUACUCAUGCAUAUACGCAUAGUGUGGCAGAAACACAUCAUGUCUUUUUAAACUUGCACACACUAAAAUUUUAUUGUUUACCAGAUAAUUAUGAAAUAGUUGAUUCUUCCCUUGAUGACAUAAAAUAUGUGCUUAAUCCUACCUUCACAUCGGAUCACAUAAAGGGGCUUGAUUCGAGUGACAAACUCUCACGAGCAAUAGAUGGUACUCUGUAUUUACCUGGAAUCGUCGGUUUAAACAACAUUAAAGCAAAUGAUUAUUGCAAUGUUAUUCUUCAAGCUCUUUGUCAUGUCACACCUCUAAGGGAUUUUUUCUUAAGAGAAAUUAACUAUGCUCGUGUUAAGAGACCACCAGGUGAUAGUUCAUUUCUACUUGUCCAACGUUUUGGUGAGCUAAUGAGGAAACUGUGGAAUCCAAGAAACUUCAAAGCUCAUGUCUCACCGCAUGAAAUGUUACAAGCAGUUGUUUUAUGGAGUAGAAAAAAAUUUCAAUUCAUCAAACAGGGUGAUCCAAUUAAUUUCCUUUCCUGGUUUUUAAAUGCACUACACACGGCCUUAAAUGGCACAAAAAGUCCAGAUUCGUCUAUCCUGUACAAAACAUUCUUAGGUGCAAUGAGAAUACGGACGAGGAAAAUACCGCCUGUUGAAUUGGAUGAGAAACAAAGGCUGGAGCUAUUACUUUUGGAUGAAUACAAGGAAACAACAACUGAGUCACCCUUUCUUUAUUUAGCCUGUGAUCUACCGCCUCCACCUCUUUUCAAAGAUGAAAUUAUGGAAAACAUUAUUCCACAAGUCAACUUAUUCAAUUUGUUAACUAAAUUUAAUGGUGAAACAGAAAAGGAGUACAAAACCUACAAGGAGAAUUUUAUGAAGCGGUUUGAAAUUACAAAACUGCCACCGUAUUUGAUUUUAUAUAUCAAGAGGUUUACAAAAAACACAUUUUUUGUCGAAAAGAAUCCUACGAUUGUUAAUUUUCCAAUCAAAGGAAUUGAUUUCGGCGAGUUCCUUUCACCACAAAUUAGAGCAUUGCACAAAACGACUGUGUAUGAUUUAGUUGCAAAUAUAGUGCAUGAUGGUGAACCUGACAAAGGAACUUACAGAGUUCACCUUUUACAUAAAGGCAAUGGGAAAUGGUAUGAGAUGCAAGAUCUACACGUCAGUGAUAUCCUUCCCCAGAUGAUAACACUUACAGAAGCAUACAUUCAGAUUUAUGAACUCAAGUCAGAUGAUAAGACAUAGGAAACAAAUUUUAUCCUUGUUUGUAAAUAAAAUUUUUACAUUUAUAAGUUGUGUGUACAACUCAGAGAAGGAAAAAAUGAUCCUUGUUGAAAAUUAAAUUAAAAGUAAUUAAAAGUAAAUAUGGAUUAUUUAUUUUGGAAUUAGACUAUUCAUGGCAAGUUGUGUUUACAGUCAGGGGACAGACAGUCUUGCCCAUCCUGCAAGCUGGAGUUGGUCUACUUUCGAGUGUAAGCCCAAAUUAAAAAUGAUUCCUUUUAUUUGAAUAAAUACAAAAGACAAAAACAAAGACUUAUGUCAUUGUGUUAUAGAUUCUCAAAAAACUUCAGAAAUGAGUUUUGCCUUGCCAAAUGGAAUUUUUGGUAAGAGUGAAAUAAUAAACUAAAUUUUCACAACUUUAUUUAUCUAUUUUGCUUUAAAAAAUAAAAGAGCAUUUGUAGAAAAUCUAGAAUAAAAUUAACAAUUAGGUGAAUAAUGGAAUUAUAAAAUGAAUAUAUAGACAAAAAAGUCUCCUUUCCACGUCAAGCCCAGAACAAGAGAGCAUAUUUCCCCAUUCCUAAUAUGUACAGUGAUUUUUCUAGGGGGUUAAUCCUUGAGAAUCGUUCUUGAAAAAGCUCUACCAUGUAAGAGUUAAAUUGGUUCUGUUAGACUUUCAAGGUAGAAGGUCGUUUUCUUAUAUUUGUCAAAAGUGUAAGCAACUGGGAUGGCUAUUGCUAGACUAAUGACAAAUCAAACUCUGGUACUAUUCUAGCAUUAAUAUUUCUCUCUCUCCCAAGCAACCCAGCAACAAAGGAAACCCAGUUUUGGAGGUGAACAGUACUUCUGUAACAGGUCUUAUGGAGAUUCAUGAGAUAGUCCAAUGUCCAUCAUAUAUAGGAAGUAGGAGUUGGGUUGAACAUAUCCCUCCCUUCAUGAACUCUUUUUCCAUCCCUGUUAAAUACAUUGUGGAUUUACAAUUUUUUCGAUACUCAAAUCUGUGACUUAGCUUAAGUGAUUAAGUUUCCUUAUGACACUAUAAUCUUUGAAUUCUGAUUCCAGCGUGUAUACCUCAAUUUACCACCUGAAUAUAUUAAAUGUAAUUAAAUUAUUAAAUAUAUGAGAUAAUUGAUAGUC